GAGUUGGUUGAUUACAUCAGCCCGCAACGGAACGUACUUAUUUCUAUUCCGGAGUUGGUUCCCCCAGAAUGGCCACCCCAACACCCGGUAAGGAAGACAGCUCAACCAAGCAGACGCCACCGAUUCCGAAUGCCGUCAUAGAUCGCUCCUCGGGCGAGCAGCAGGAUGGCAAACAGUGGGGCUACGAUUUAUAUCCGGAGCGGCGCGGCGAAAAAUACAAACCCAGCUGGGGCCGGGUUCUGCUCGGCAUGGAGGGAACCGAAAACCUGGACAAGAUCAAGUGCGAACGGAACGUGUACAAGUGCGUCAAGAACAGCCCGAUGGUGAAACUGAUGAUGGGGGCGCUGAAGAGUUCCGGGUGCGCAAUUGACAUCCGGCGGCACAUUGCGUGCGAGGUGUGUGACGUCAGCGUCAGCGGUGGGUACGAUCCGGUGCUGAACCAGGUCGUCGUUUGCCAGAACAUUGCGAGGAACGAGGGAAUCGUGCAGGGCGUGCUGACACACGAGAUGAUUCACAUGUUCGACUACUGUCGGAAUGAUUUGGACUUUAAAAACAUUGACCACCUGGCAUGCACGGAGAUUCGGGCGGCCAACCUGACGCACUGCUCGUUCAUGAGUGCGUGGACGCAGGGAGAUGCUUCGCCGUUCAACAUCAAGGAGGCGCAUCAGAAUUGUGUUAAAACCAAAGCCCUCAACUCGGUGUUGGCGGUGAGAAAGGUCAGCCCGGAGGAGGCGAUUGCCGCCGUUGAGCGCGUCUUUCCCAAGUGUUACAACGACCUGGAACCGAUUGGCCGAAGGAUACGGCGCAAUUCAAAGGACAUGUACAAGGCGUACAUGGAAGGGCCGAUGUACGGAUACGAUGUGGAAUAGCGUACAUAAAAAAGAAUGUUUUUUUAGACUUGUUUGAAAGUUAUAGUGUAAUAUAUGCUGGAAUGACACGCA